AUGGAGGCUGCCCCGCCGGUCAGGCCCAGUCUCGGGGGGCUAAUGCUGAAGCUGCCACUGCCGCUGGCGUGGGACCGGGCCCGCCUGUACGAGCUGGCGCUGCUGAAGCUGUCGCUGCUGAACUGCUGGCUGGCGGGGCUGGUCCUGAAGGCCCGGGGACCUGGCGCCCAGGAUCCCCUCGUACCCCUCGCACCCCCAGCAUCUCCGGGCCGGGCAGGGCGGGGCUGGGUCGGGCUACUGCGGGGCCUGCUGCUGCUCGUGGUGCUGCUAGGGCUGCUGGGCUGCCGGCUGCUGCUGGUGGCCGGCCGGGCUCUGGGCGCGCUGCCAGGCCAGGCCCUGCGGGAGUGUAGUGAGCUCCUGACGCUCCUGUGGCGGCCGGUCCGCAGCUGUGCUGCCUUGGCCUGCGACCAUCUGCUCUACCUCGUCACCUGGACCACCUGCCUGACCUCCCACCUGCUGCAGGCCGCCUUCGAGCACACCGCCCGGCUGGCCCAGGCCCAGGACGCCCCGGGGUCCUUGUCCCAGUCCCUAGACCCCCAGCCCCCCGUCCCCGAGGCUGGACCUGUCUUGGCGGAGCUGGGAAGCCCCGGAGAAUAAAGGUGUCCCAGCUGCCUCUGCA